GAUACUUUGCCCUCUGAGGAGCAAAGGCACAUCGGGAGUGGAUGAGUACCCAUUGAACAUUCUUAAUUUUUUCCUAAAGAGCUUUUUACUUAAUAGCUCAGGUUAUCGUUGUGGAAUUUCUUUCUGUUAUAUAAGGAAUUUGACAGAGAAAGACAUUAAGUACAGUUAAAAGAGGAAAAAAUUGGUAUUUGGAUACCAAUAUACCACAGAAGGAGUGGAUGUUGGUGGAUAUAAUUUAUUUGUUUUGGGGGGGAAUCUCUCAGAUAUACAAGACUCAGAUCUUGUAAAGGACUCAAUGGCAGCUUACAAUAAGUCAGGCUGGAUGGGAGAGUCGGGUGCCAAUCUCACUGCCAUGAUGCCAGGUGUGAGACCCAUACUAACCCCUGUUGUAUACACUUUCAUGACACCAGAAAUGAUGGGAUGGGUCCUGAGUGUGGCCUCUCUCCUCAUCAUCUCCACCAACCUACUGGUGGUGGCUGCUCUCUUUCAGCUGAUGCGCAGGAAGGGCAGUCAGAGCUGGUGCUUCGUGCUCAACCUGGCCCUGGCAGAUAUCCUGGUGGGCCUGGCUAUCACUGGCAUUGUCACAGACGUGUUUCAAAAUUACAAUACCGUGAACAAUGGAACUAUUCCAAUUACUCAACCGCUACUCCUGAUGCACUCCACACAGAAGACCAAGUGUUUACUCCGCAUGGCCUUCAUCAUCUCCCCCUCAACUGCGUCCAUCUUGUCUAUGUUCCUGAUCUCUCUGGACCGCUACGUGGCCAUCAAGCUGCCGCUGCGCUACUCCCAGCUCACUGGGAGGUGGACCGUGACUGGGGCCCUGGUAGCGCUCUGGAUGGUAUCCCUCACCGUUGGCUUCCUACCAGGUGGAACAACUAACCUCAAUUAUCUUAUUUCAGAGGGGACACAUGUCCCUAACAACAGGAUUCCCCUCUGCUCCACAGGCAUGGCAUGGCAGCUCCAGCAGGGAGACUUUGAAAGCAGCAGCCUUUGCACCUUCUUCUCUGUCAUCCGUCCCAAGGGCAUCAUUGUGGUGUUCUGUGCCGUCUUCUUCCCCGUCCUCUCUGUCUUCACCUACUUCUACCUGGACAUUCUGAAGAUAGCUUGCGGCCAUCAGAGGCAGAUCCGCCAGGCCGGCUCCAGGCUGCCCCAGCGCAGCCGCUACUGGGGCCACGUCAAGGCCCUGAGGACCGUGGCUCUGCUAGUGGGCUGUUUCACCCUCUGCUGGUGCCCAUUUUUUGUGGUGUGUGCAGUGCAGGUGCUGUGUGAGGCCUGUGAGUUGUACAAGGUGCUGGAGAAUGACCUGUGGCUGCUGGGGCUGUCUAACUCCCUCAUCAACCCUCUGGUGUACGCCUGCUGGCAGAGGGAGGUGCGGCUGCAGAUCGAGGCCCUCUUCUGCUGUGUUAAGGACAGGGUCAGGAACACAGCCGUGUUAGAGGCUAGUGAGAGAUGUCAGACAGAGCUGCGUAUACCCACUCAUACUGUUAUAUCUGUGGACGAUGCCAUGAGCCUGGACCCCACCUUCCCCACGGUCACCAGUGAAGAGGGCCACACUGUACCGUUUUCUGCCUCAACCCCCUUGUGA